AUGUCCAGCCUUUUGGAAUGGGAGAGACUGAAUCCUGGACAUGAGCCCCACUUCACUCGAUUCCCCUCUAGAAGGUCCACCGUCUUCUCCGCCAAAGGCGCGGUAGCGACCUCUCAGCCUCUAGCUUGUCAAGCAGGUAUCGAAGUCCUGAAUAAAGGUGGAAAUGCCGCCGAUGCCGCAGUAGCUAUGGCGGCCGCUUUGAACGUCACAGAACCCUCAAUGACAGGAGUGGGGGGAGAUAUGUUCUGUCUGUUUUACGAUGCUACAACUAAGACUGUGAGAGGGAUCAACGGUUCAGGUCGAGCUCCCAAAGCUUUGACGCUGGAGCAUUUGAGACAAAGAGGCGUAAAUGGGACCUCCAUCCCAUUGACUGAUCUGAACUCUGUCACUGUUCCCGGAGCAGCCGCAGGUUGGUGCAAGACGUUAGAGACAUUCGGGUCGGGAAUAAGUAUGAAAGAGGUGUUGGCACCUGCUAUCAGGAUGGCAAGGGAGGGUGUACCGGCUCAUGAGAUCAACAGUCGGAAGUGGCAAGCCUCUGAGAAACUCAUCAAGGAGGCGUCUGUCAAUUGGCCUGCGAUGAUGAUGCCAGAUGGGAAUCCUCCCCUUCCUUCACACAUCAUGACUCAUCCAGAUCUGGCAGAUACAUUUGAAGCUAUAGCCACCUACGGAAAGGAUGGAUACUACACUGGCCGAAUAGCUGAAGCUAUUGUGGAGGUAGUGCAAGGUGGUGGAGGUGUUAUGUCUCUUGAAGAUCUGGCAGAAUGUGAAGCAGAAGUUGUGCAGCCUAUCAAAUACGAUUUCCGCGUUGGUAAAGCUGGCGAUUCUGGCGUCACUUUAUGGGAGUGCCCUCCAAACGGUCAAGGCUUGACCGCGUUGAUGGCUUUGGGUAUAAUCGAAGCGGUCGAGAAGAAACACAAUUUCGAUAUUCUCAAAUUGGAACAUAAUUCUGCUCUGUACCUUCAUAUACUGAUUGAAGCUCUGAGAUUGGCUUUUGCUGAUACACGAUACUAUGUCGCGGACCCUCGUGUGGUACACGUCCCAGUGGAGGAGAUGUUAAACCCUAAAUAUCUGGCACAACGAGGGGAUCUUAUUCAGCUUGAUAAGACGAUCGAGAUCUCCCGAGGGAGUCCUGUGGCAGGUAGCGACACGGUGUAUCUUGCGACAGCGGAUAAAGAGGGGAAUUCUUGUUCGUUCAUCGCGUCAAACUAUGCCGGCUUCGGGACAGGUGCGAUACCCGCUGGAUGUGGAUUUACUCUGCAAAAUCGCGGAGCGGGGUUUACACUCGAAGAAGGUCAUCCGAAUUGCCUAGAGGGGGGUAAAAGACCGUAUCAUACGAUCAUACCUGGUAUGGCGACUAAAGGAGAUGAGAUUCUCUUGUCAUUUGGGGUGAUGGGUGCUUUCAUGCAACCUCAAGGACACAUACAAGUACUACUCAACAAACUGAGAGGUUUCACACCUCAAGCUUGUUUGGACGCACCGAGAUUCUGUAUCUCAUCCGGUACACCUACCGGUGGUCAAUCGGAUAGAGCGGGGGAUUUCAAUAGUGAGAUAUGGUUCGAAGAAGGGAUUCCUGAUAGUGUUUUGGAUGAAUUGAGAGCAAUGGGUCAUCAAACGGAAAGAGCAUCACAUUGGCUUCGCGACAUUUUAGGAAAAGGACAAAUGAUCCAAGCUGUUCGAGAUCCAUCAGGAAGGACAGUCUGGGCGUGUGGAUCUGAUCUUCGUGGUGAUGGUUGUGGACUUGCUCAAAUCUGAUCCAUUUCCCUCUCAUCUCAUAGUAUCUUUCUCAUCAGUCACAUGGUGCGUUGCUAAAUGUUUUUGGUCAUUAAAAUGGAUGUAUGGACUUGUCAAUUG